GUCCACCUGCCAGCGGAGUUUAAAGUUUCCAGGGCUGGGAGGAACACAAUGACUUGGAUCAAACUGCCUAAAUGAGAAGAAGGGCAUUUCUGCUACAACAAGGAAGCCCUUAAACUCCUGCUAAGCUAACCGUCUCUUUCAUGCGUCCAUGCACACGACCGACCUCCUCUAUCACUGACCAGGGAUUAUUUCUGACAAUCCAGGAUAUUCCGAAAGCUUGGAGACAUAUGGCUGGAAAAUGAAACGACCCUGGAGUGUGGCCACAUCAUUACUUUGUGUCGCGUGGUACCAGAUGGGCAAUCAUGAAUGAUGCCGAGAUGUGAACGGACAGUUUUAUAAAGCGAAUUUCCACCCCCCACCCCCCCAAAAAGCCCAAACAGACUUCGUUCCCCUCUCUUUUCUUUUGGUUUAUAAUGCUUGGAUUUUUCUCCUCCCUGCAAUAUCAAUGAACUCAACUCGGCAGUGGGGUGGCCAAAGAGGACGAGGCUGAAGCGAUCUCUGAAACCCUAGUAAGUGUCGGAGGAGCCACAGCACCCGCGCCACCGCGGCUGCGACCCGCCGGGUCCGGUGCGGGUCUCGGGGUUGACAGCGGCGCGGCGCAGGCGGUUACGGGGCGGCCGGGGCGCUCCCUCCGCCGAGGACAGAGCCCCAGGCGCCGGGAGGGGUUCGCUCAUUUCGCCGCAGACUUCGAGGCCGCUGCUGCCUCCCGUGCGCUGCGUUUCAUUACCAUCAUCCUCGUUCUUGAAAAGUCAUGGAAGACGGCCCGCUGCCAGACCUCAGAGACAUCGAGCUGAAGCUGGGGCGCAAAGUACCCGAGAGCCUAGUGCGCUCGCUCCGCGGGGAGGAGCCGGCUCCCCUGGAAGGGGACAGGGACCCCUGCGGGGGGAGCGGCGGCGGCGGCGGCGGCGGCGGCUGCAGCAGCAGCAGCAGCAGCAGCAGCAGCUGCAGCUUCCCCCCCUCCCUGCCGUCCUCCUCCUCGUCCUCUCCAACCUCCGGCUCCCCACGUCGCAGCCCCUGCAGCGCCCUGGAGAGGCUGGAAACCAAGCUGCACUUCCUCAGGCAGGAGAUGGUUAACCUCAGAGCCACAGAUGUCAGGCUCAUGCGCCAGUUGCUUGUUAUCAAUGAGAGCAUUGAGUCCAUCAAGUGGAUGAUUGAAGAGAAAGCCACCAUUACCAGCCGAGGCAGCAGUCUCAGUGGCAGCCUGUGCAGUUUAUUGGAGAGUCAGAGCACCUCCUUACGUGGCAGCUACAAUAGCCUACAUGAUGGCAGUGAUGGGCUGGAUGGCAUCUCCGUGGGGAGCUUUCUGGACACUUUGGCAGAUGAUGUCCCAGGCCAUCAGACCCCAUCGGACUUGGACCAAUUCAGUGACAGCUCCAUAAUAGAGGACUCACAAGCCUUGCACAAGCACCCCAAAUUGGAUUCUGAAUACUACUGCUUUGGCUAAUGACCCAGUUUUUUGCAUGGGAUUGGUGUGCAAUUAACUUGUAUUUAUCCUUCUCCGCUGCUAUAUUUUUGGUGUGAUUUUUUUUUUUUAUAUGACAACCUUUUCAAAAGAAGCUUAUUUUGAAACUGCUUGAUGAUAAUUCUGUUGCUCCUAAUAUUUCUCAUCUGGACUGAUUUAUCUUUCUCUCUUACAUCUUUUUAUUUAUUACAAUGAUUUUUCUCCCUUCUUUUACAGUGGCACAAAUAAAGUAGGGGGGAAAAGAAUAAGCAAUAAUUAUGUUUUUGCUUUUGUUUUCAGAGCAAGGGGUCAGGGAUUAUAAAAAAAAUCUUUGCUAAAUUUUACAAUAAACCAAAGUCUGAUAACAGUUAAUUUUGUGGUUUGUAUUCUUAAAUGAUUCAAAGUUUUACUUUCUGGGAAGAUGCUGAGGUUUAUUAUGGUUUGUAUAGUAGGUUGAGCAAAAUAGUUGCAACAAAGUUAGGCAUUAUUUCUGGGCAAAAAUUUCCUGGUAUAGUCAACAAUGCUGCUGGUCACACACUUCCACAUGACAUUAUUUGGAAGCCAAAGCUAUAUGCAAUCUGCUCACUUUAACUUUAAGUUCAUACUUUAGAUCAUGCUUUAGAUUACACUUUUGUCAUUAGUGAUUCUAACUCAAAUUAUAUAAGCUUAGUUGUAUGAUAAUAUAUAUGAUUCUUACAAAUUUCAAAGAAUAAUUGAGAUUAGGUAUAUGAAGGUGCUUAGAAGUAAAGGUCUCCUACGUUGCAUUUUGAGAUUUUGUAAUUUAUAUGUCGAUGUUUACAAUUCUGAUAUGAUAUAUAAACAUAUAAAUGCAUAUGUAUGGAUGAUGGAUGGAUGAGAGUGGAAAGUAGAAUCACCAGUCAUUUAUGAAGUCUAUUAUGAUAUCCUUUCAUCCUGGAGUAGAUAAAUAAUCUCUUAGUUUUCUGAAAUGACAGCUGAAAAUAUUUUUUAGAACAUGUGAAAAUAUAACUAAUGUGUAAACAUUUUCAUUUUGAUGUGAUAUAAUUAAUCCUCCACAUUUCCUUUACCUUGAUGAUUCCUAGUGAAUGAAUCUAUUAAGAUUUCAAACUGUUCUUUGUGAAUGAUAUAUGUUUCUGCACUAAACACUUUAUAACAUGAAUCAGAAAAAUCUUCCUAUUUAUAACUGAAAAAUGUCUACACUCAAGAAAUGGUUUCCCCAAAAUUUCCUUUGUUAAUAUAUACCUGUUACGCUCUUGUCAAAUGUAUUGUUUGUUUCCAGAGCAUAUGUUAUUCAAUUUCCAAUUAAAAUCUACAGGGUCUAUAUUUUA